AUGAUUCCCAAAGUUUGCUAUCUGUUCUUUUACUUCUUCCUGAGCCUUGUCGUCGGCUCUCCGGUUGCUCUCCAGGAACGCACGGAUCUGCCAUCCCUGGGAAUCAAGAAGCAGACCAUUCAAUCCGGAACUAAAAACCCCUGGACCGCGUUUGGUUCCUAUCUGACCUUUGAUAAAAAUGCCGAGAUCGAGAACUCGCACCUCGUCGGCAUCGCGAAAGCGGCCUACAACGAGAUGUAUGCCAUGGAGGCCGACAAGAAGAAACUUCCCAACGUCAUGACUGCCAUCAAGGUGGAUAACGAGGUCUUCCUGUCCUCGAACAUGAAGGGUGGCGGCGGCGUCUACAUCUACAACAUGCAGGAACAACCUCUCCAGAACAAGGACCAGGACGAAUCCGUCGUGGAGGACGGAUACGGCGCAUUCACCGACGUGCUAGAGAAAAACGCGCGCGAUGUCAAGGACGCCCUGGACGCGCUGCGCACCAAAUCGCGUGAGCUCGAAAACAACAAGCCCCAGACACAGCAGCCUUCUCGCACCAGCACCGGCAACGGCAAGGGCAACGGCAAGGGCAGCCAGAACAGCCAAAGUAAUUCCUCGAAAACCCCGAACCAGGCGUCCCAGGACCUGAAGAAAGAUCGCCAGACUACCUUCCAGCACAAGAACGACGCCAACUGCGGCGAGGUCAUGGCCUCCAUCCGCUACCGCAUGAAGCACACAAAUGAGGUGCUCAGGAACAGAACGCCCCAGCCUACCAUCGUCGCCUGGAGUGUUAUGGAGAAGAACGGCAAGGAGGUUGCCGCCAUCAGAGAGCCCUGCGAGAAGCUCCGCACUCUGGACGGCGACAACGCAUGCGGACUCAGCUGGGGAUGCGGUGCAUUUACCGGUCCCCAGGGUAUGAACUUCAAUGUGGUCCCCGUCAACACGAAGCCUAUCGAUGUGACCGACCAGGCCUUUCCCCAGUUCCAGUCCGGACAGGCCGAUCUGCCGUCUCCCACAAUCAAGAAGCAGACCACCAGACCAAACAACAACAACGGCGGCAAAAACAACAACAACAACAACAACAACAACAACAACAACAACAACAACAAUGGUCAGCCUGGGCCCUCUACUCAGCAGCCCAAGAAACCCGCUACUCAGCAACCUGACACCAAGAAAGAUCCCAAAAAAGAUCCCAAGAAAGGAAAGAAGAACUAA